UUUAAUAAAGGUGUUCACUCAGCUGCCUGCAGAUUCACCCUUAUGUCUGGGUACCUUUCAACCUCAAAAGAAAAGCAAGGCUUGGUAAAAUAGCUAAUAGUGUUAGUAUUUGGUAGAAAUAAUUUAUGGAACACUCUAAGUGCAAACGCUGCUUUACAAACACAGAGAGUUGAGGUCCCUGCUGUGAGGCACUUCACCAUCUGAAAAAAAGUAAUACAAGGAAUAACAGUGCAAACACAGGAAGACAUUAUGAUAGGUGAUGAGGGUCUUGCCUUCUUUGGCUACUGUUUACCUUUCUGUCUGUGAAUUCAACUAGACAGGCUGGCCUUGAUGAUGCAAACUGUCUCUUGAACCAGAUAAGCAAAAAUGUAAUUUAAAGGUGAGUGAGUCUAAAUUCUGGAAAAUGAAACAAAGUAACAGAGUCUCUUUGAAGAUUCCAGGCACUAGCUGUGACAUACACUGUGGUGAUGUAGCAGUAAUUCAUGUAGCUUGUUCAGUAACUGUUGGAUGCGUAUUUGGAGUUUGCCUCUUAAUUUUGCAUUGAAAUAUGUAGAAAUCCUCAUAUUAACAGCAGAAUUUUACCCAUGAAUUUUACCCAUCUUGCUUAUGCAAGAACCAGUUUCCAGAAAGAACUUGGUGCCAGUUCACUGGCCUUUUUUUCAUUGUUUAUUGACAAUAAUGAAGAGCAAGUACAUGGUAGAAUUGGCACAUUUAUUUCUGAGAGUAGUUUUUUCUGUGUGUAUUCAGAAUUAUUUUAAAACAUCCUUACUUCUCUUUGGUAAAGUAUAACAGUGUUCUGUUGUGGUUUAAGGCAUGAAAGAUUGUGAUCAAGUUGAGUUUAAGCAAUUCAGAUGUUUUUGUGCAGUAUUUUUUACAGUUUAUCUAAAAAGUCACAGUUUUCAUGUAGAGUAGCUAAACUAGCUACAGUGAGUCAAAAUCUAAUGAAAAAGUCUAUGACUGUGAUUACUGUUCCUCUGUUAAUAUCCUCUGCCACUUUAGCUGCUUUUUUGGUUUUUUCCUAUGUAAAAAGUGAGUUUGUAAGCACAGUAUUGUGUGGAAAAGGUGAAUGUGUUUAGAGGAAAAAGACUGAAUAAGGAGAAAACAGGAAAAAUUUUUGGUGUGUAAAGGUGCAAAAUGACCCAACUGGACAAGCUGAACACUGAUGCAAACUGUCACUGUGUUGUGACAACUACAGACUUUUAAAACUGUGGAAUUACAAGAUACAUUUUUACCUUUCAAGAGAGUAUGUUUAAUCUAUUUGUGGCAAUUACAAAGGCAGAAAAACAUAUUGUUUUGAAUGUCACUCUACAGCCAAAGCCCUUCAAAUGUGAGCUGAAUCUGUUCAUAUUUUUGUUUUAUUUCUGCUUUUUUUUCUUUGCCUUUCAGUGCCCAAGUGAACAAACUCAACUGCAACAUUUGCAGCUUCUUCCCAAGGGAAACCUUAAGUCUGCAGGCUCGAGUAUAUAUGAGAGUUAUAGAGAGUUAACAUGGAUUUACCACCUAUUUUUUUCUGUCAAAGAGAACUAUGAACGAAUGAAGGCACUGGUAACUGAGCUACAAGAACAAGCAGAAAAAAUCAGGUUAGGAGGUGGAGAAAAAGCUCGUAAGCUUCAUACUUCAAGAGGAAAGCUGUUACCCAGAGAGAGAAUUGACAAGCUUAUUGAUCCUGGAUCUCCAUUUCUGGAGUUCUCCCAGUUUGCUGGUUACCAGUUGUAUGGUAAUGAAGAGGUACCUGCAGGAGGCAUUAUCACAGGCAUUGGACGAGUAUCUGGGACGGAGUGCUUGAUUGUUGCUAAUGAUGCAACUGUCAAAGGUGGUACCUAUUAUCCCAUCACUGUUAAGAAACAUUUACGUGCUCAAGAAAUUGCAAUGCAAAAUCAUCUCCCUUGCCUUUAUUUGGUUGAUUCAGGAGGAGCAAAUUUACCUCGGCAAGCAGAAGUCUUUCCAGACCGAGAUCAUUUUGGCCGUAUUUUCUAUAAUCAAGCAGUCAUGUCCUCACAAGGAAUUCCACAGAUAGCAGUAGUCAUGGGAUCCUGUACAGCAGGAGGAGCAUAUGUACCUGCAAUGGCUGAUGAAAGUAUUAUUGUUGCCAGACAGGGAACAAUAUUCCUGGGAGGGCCACCACUGGUUAAAGCAGCAACAGGUGAACAGGUAUCAGCAGAGGAUCUUGGAGGGGCGGAUCUUCAUUGCAGAAAAUCUGGUGUAACAGAUCAUUAUGCUUUGGAUGACAAUCAUGCACUUCAUCUGGCAAGGAAAGUUGUAAGAAGUUUGAAUCUCCAGAAGAAAAUAGAUGUGACUAUAGAACCAUCAGAAGAGCCUUUAUUUCCAGCUGAUGAAAUAUAUGGAAUAGUUGGUGAUCAGCUAAAAAGAAAUUUUGAUGUCAAAGAGGUCAUUGCUAGAAUUGUAGAUGGAAGUAGAUUUGAUGAAUUCAAAGCCUUGUAUGGGGAUACUUUGGUUACAGGAUUUGCAAGAAUUUUUGGUUACCCAGUAGGAAUUAUUGGAAACAAUGGAGUUCUUUUCUCAGAGUCAGCAAAAAAGGGUACACAUUUUAUCCAGUUGUGUUGCCAGAGAAAUAUUCCCAUUGUGUUUUUGCAGAAUAUUACAGGUUUCAUGGUUGGCAGAGAGUAUGAGGCUGGAGGGAUAGCAAAAGAUGGUGCCAAGAUGGUAACUGCUGUAGCUUGUGCCAAUGUACCUAAAAUAACUAUCAUUAUUGGUGGCUCUUAUGGAGCUGGAAACUAUGGGAUGUGUGGAAGAGCAUAUAGUCCAAGAUUUUUAUAUAUGUGGCCAAAUGCUCGCAUAUCAGUGAUGGGAGGAGAACAAGCUGCAACUGUUCUAGCUACAAUAGCUAAGGACCAAAAAGCAAGGGAGGGAAAACAGUUGUCUGAGGCAGAUGAAGCAGCUUUGAAGGAACCAAUCAUUAGGAGGUUCGAGGAGGAAGGAAACCCUUUUUAUUCCAGUGCAAGAUUAUGGGAUGACGGAAUUAUUGAUCCAGCUGACACAAGACUGGUUUUGGGCCUCAGUCUCAGCGCAGCGCUAAAUGCACCCACAAAGAAGACAGAAUUUGGAGUUUUCAGAAUGUAAACUUAAACAUGUGAUCAUCAGAAUUACCUCUGUAUAUUUUAUUUGGGGAUGGACAGCAUACUAGCUACAGUAUUGUGAUAAUUAAAAUAAAGAUUUGUAAGAUGCUAUUUUUAAUGAAACUUUCAUUAUUUUCACUUACUAUAAUUUGCAAACAGUGCUUCAGAUUUUUGAUAGUGAUUUGAGAUUAGUCAUUUAAGUGCUUAGAUAACUGCAUUGCAUGAAUAAAUUGCAAGUUCUUGCAUUGUACUUCAUGUUACAAGAAACUAUUGAUACUAUCUCUUAUAUAAAUAAAUGUACAAAAUAAGCUAUA